AUGCCGGAGGUGUCAGCAAAGGGCACCACUAUUUCCAAGAAAGGAUUCAAGAAGGCGGUCACCAAGACCCAGAAGAAGGAGGGCCGGAAACGUAAGAGAUGCCGUAAGGAGAGCUACUCCAUCUACAUCUAUAAGGUGCUGAAGCAAGUGCACCCCGACACGGGCAUCUCCUCCAAGGCCAUGAGCAUCAUGAACUCCUUUGUGACAGACAUCUUCGAGCGCAUCGCGGGCGAGGCGUCGCGCCUGGCGCAUUACAACAAGCGCUCGACCAUCACGUCCCGGGAGAUCCAGACGGCCGUGCGCCUGCUGCUGCCCGGCGAGCUGGCCAAGCACGCCGUGUCCGAGGGCACCAAGGCCGUCACCAAGUACACCAGCUCCAAGUGAGC